AUGAAGUUUUUGCCGAUUCUUUUCGCCGGCCUCGCCCAAGGGAUGAACAUGGCACAGCACUACCUCGUCAACAAUUUCGGUGACGAUCACUCUGACAAACUCAUGGUUUUGAUGAACCCUGCUUUCAAAGACGCUUCGUUCGACCAGGCUGAGCAGAUGAAGAUGAUUCUUCCGAUGCUUCUUAUGGAUGCUAAGACUAACGAAAACAUCAAGCUCUUGAUGAUGAUGAUGAUGCAAGAUCCCCAGUUCAUCGAGAAAGCUGAAAAUCAGCAGCUUGUUUCUUACCUGAUGAACGCUGAAGAUGACGACGUCGACUACAAAACUCUGAUGUUGAUGACAAACAUGUUCCGAAAAGACUGCAACAACAUGGGUGCCCAAAGAAUGAACAGUCUCAUGCCAAUGCUUCUAAAAAAGACCGAAGCUGCCCACAACGCCACCCAAGACGCUGAUGACCAGUUGGAUAUCCAGAGCAUUCUGACAAUCAUGACCUUCAUGGCCUCUGGAGAAAGCGGACUCGACACCUCUUCGAUGCUUCCUUUGCUCAUGGAAGAAAUGGUCUUCGAGGAUGGUCAGUUUGAUCACGACAAGAAACUUCUUUUCUGGGUUAUGAUGUCCAUGAUGACUUCUGAUGCGCAAGAUGUCAAUGCAUUCAACAACAACUUCAAUAUGCUCCUUCCUCUCGUCAUGCGAGAUUGCAACGACGACGCCUGCGAGAAACAGAAACGAGAUCUUAUGACUGUGAUGAUCGCUAUGCAAGCUAAUGCUCCGAAUACUGCAUUCGGACCCGACAUGAUGAUUCCCCUUAUGCUCUUGGGCAACACUGACAACAACCAAGAACUCAUCUUCUUCAUGAUGACCCAGAUGAACAACAAAGCUUGCGAUGCCGAACCUUACUACGCUAUUCACUAA